UAUACAUUUAUUCGUAAGUUAUAUAAAAGAUGCGAGAGAUAUUUCUAUUUCACAUUUAAAAAAAAGAUUUAACUUGCAGAACAUACAAUGUCAACGCACGUUGAUAUUUACAUUAAAACGAGUGUUUAAUCAUGCAUGCUCUGUCCAAAGAGUAUAAUAUUGUAUGGAAUAUUGUUAUGCUCUAUAUAAGGCAUACCUUAUGAUUCACGUUUUCGAAUAAUCUUUACAGAAAUGUUCAAAAAAAAGUCGUAUGCGAGCAUGCGCGAUCGGAUAUUGUAAUAAGCGGAAGUGAGAAGGAAAGAGUGAUAGAGAAAAGAUGUAUGAGUGUGUUUUUUGAAUGUGUGUUAUAAGAUGUUUUCUAAAAAGCAAUUUUUAUAAUCGUCAUAUCGUAUGCCAAAACUCGGAUAGUGAAUAUUGACUGUUAACAAAAAGGUAUUCAAUUUGUACAUUUUUAUAAUAAUCGCAUAUUUAUCUUUUAUCUGUAAAAAAUCUUUGAGGUCGCUCUUUCAAAAUGAAAUCGUAAUUUAUUGCAACAAUUGUAAUAUAUAUAUACAUUAAUUGGAGUACGUUCCAAGGCGCUGAUAUGCAACGGAAACAAAUCAAUUAUUAUAGUUAUCGGUGGCUUCCUCUCCUACAUCACGCGCACAUUGUGUAUCUACAGAUAUUUAAUAUUAUUAUGAUUAUAUAUACUGCGCUAACAAAAGAGGUAAUUUAUCGCGGCAAAUUUUUUAAAUGCUUGCUAUUUUUUCAGCUGUACAAUUUUUUAGUAUUUCUUGACCUCAAAGACGCAAACGACUGAGAUUUGAUAACCACGAAACAUUCAGCGAUGUUAAACGGAGAAUUAUCGGCGUUCAUGUAUAAAUUAUAUGUUAUUUGUGUAUAGGGCGUAGAAUAUGCAUCCUAACGGACGCUAAAAUACUGUCACUCGAUACAAAGUCGAACAAUAUCCAACGAUGAACUUGGCGAAAUUAAUGCCCAUUUAAAACCGAAGCAGCAAAUAUAUUAGCGACAAGCGAUUAAAGAGUGAAAACUUAGAAUUAAAGCAUUUCAAGGGAGACUGUAUUAUACUUUUUAUAAUUUUGUAUUAAUGAAGAAGAAAAAAAAAGAAAAAUACGUGAAGAGUAAGUUCCGUUUUUUGGAAUGAGGUAAAAAAAAAAAAGAACGUGACAUUAAUAAUGUCGUUCGGUGAUUUUUAGCUCCCACGUCCAUUGACUGAACGAACGAAGAUCGAAGAGUGUGCGUGAGAGUGCUAUUGAGUUAAAUAAGGACUUCUAGAACUGACAAAUCUCCGAAUCGAAGUUUGUAUCGAUCAUAAUCCCGAUCGUCUCGAAGGUUUGCCACGGAAGCUUAGACCUAAGUUAAUUUAUGUCAAGUAAACUUCAGCGAAAAAUUAUACAUUUAAGACCUUUAUAUAUUCAGUCAAAUAUAAUAUACAAUUCAUGUUUUUCGUAUACUACGGCUGCUCACUUCCUUUUGUUUUAUAAAAAUGUAUCCAAUAGUUGUAAUACGAUCAACAUUUAACUAUCUGUUUAUUUUAUGUGCACAUUUUCCAGGAAGCUUUAAAUGUUGCAAUAAUAAUUUGCAGCUGACAGUUUUCCCGUUAAAUAUCAACAUAUAAUAGCUGAAUUAUCUUUUUAUCGUUUCAUCAAUGUACUAACGGAUAAAAGAUGAUGUUCGCAACGUGUAAUCACUAGUUCAUAUGUUUUGUUUGCAUUAUGAUAUCACGCAAGGUAUUAUUGAUCAAAUGCUUUUGCAUUACAUUAGUUUUGCCAUGUGAUAACGUUACGACACGCCAUCGAGACGCCCAGCAGCCUGAAUGGAAAAAUAGUAUGAUUGCAUUCUGCAAAUCGUGAUAACGACUAGAAUUGAUUUGCUACGAAUAAACGACGCAGAAAAAAAUGUGUUGGAAGAUGAUCUUCGAUUCGAUCUACGUUAAAGCCGUUAAAAAACGGAUACGCUGGAAUCUCUACGGCAGUCCAUAACAGAGACGUCUUUUUGAGAUGAUUGUUACUCCUGGCUACAUUGUCAUAGUCCAAGAUGAAUGGCGUGAUUUGGAACAAAAUGCAAGGAAUUUUUGUACCAAUUUCGAGUAUACCAGUAUAUGCCAUGAUGCAACAAGAACGUUUUAGACAAAGUCGAGAACAGGAAACUCAUAAUUUUCAACUGCAAAACUUGACUUUAACAUCUUUCGAGGAAAAAUAUUUCCUCGAAUUCUAUGACAAUGACACAAAAAUAACAGGACUCUGCGGUGAUUUAUGGACCUUGCUUUCGCAAUCGCUGAAUUUUACAUUACAGCCAAUUAGAUCAAAUGAAAGCAGCCUGGGUUUACUGGAAAAUCAGACUUAUCAGCAUGGAUUAUUAAGCAUAAUUUUUCGCAAUGAGACUACUGUAAUACCAAAAGUCGAAACAUAUAGUGCGCGACUUGUAGCUGUUGAUUUUUCAAUGCCUCUGUGGAUGAACAGCCAACGAUUGUAUGUUCGUGAAGAAGGGAUACACGAUAGCACAUGGAUGGCAAAAGUAUUCUCUUGGCAAAUAUGGUGCAUUAUAUUAGUUAUACAUGUAUUGCUGAGCGUGUGCAGCUUUUGCUCACAAAUUGUCAUUGCACGACUCGAAGAUAAAUGUAAAAGCACAACCUUCGGCGAUCACUUCUUCUAUAACUUUGGAAUGCUCUGCAAACAAAGCUACAUUCCCGGCAUUCUUGAGAAAAGAUCAAGGAUAUUAGAAACAUCGCUAGGCCUUUUUUGUUCUAUAUUGCACAUGGCGUUUGGUGCUGUGCUGUUUAUUUAUAUGGCAAAACGUAUUUUUAUACCACCAUUCGAUUCUCUCGAUUCUAUGGUAACUCAUUCUAAAUACAGUGUUGUGAAUCUAAAGGGUUCAAUUGCAGAUAUCGCGUUUAAGGUAAGUCCUCAAGAAACUUUCGUACGAGUUAGAGAGGCAAAACGCAAUAUCGCUGUAUCAACAGUCGAGGAAAUGUUUAAAAUGGCGUGUUCCACAAAAGGAAAACGUUACGUUCUACUCCAAGGUGAAGAUGAGUCUAAAGUAAGAGGAAACAUUAUAUGCCGCCUUACUCUGGUUGGAAGGCCCUACUUGCAAAUGUGGAUAGCUGCCGGCAUCGCAAAGAAUUUCAAAUAUAAAAGAACUAUUGAUCUUGGAAUACUCAAACUGAUGGAAGUUGGACUUUUGGAUGCGUUGAUAGAACGUCGGCUAAUGCAAAUUCAAGUGAUCUCCUACAAAUUUAGAUGUAGAUAG